AUGAAGAAGGUGCCAUCAACAACCGAGUCCAAUUUGGAUGACUCUCCGUCUCAGGCCAAAGGGAAGCGGCUUUCAACAACAGGCAAAUUCCUACAAAACAUCUUCACUCGACUCAAAUCUCCCUUCUCCCCCAACACCAACGCAAAAUCUCCAUCCUCCACGUCCACGCCACUGUCGGCAGCACCACUAUCUCACCCAACACAUACACAAGAGGAAACCUCAAAUUCGGAAGAACCUGAAAUGGCCGCCGUCGCGACUCGGCCGCCCAGUGGCCCCCGAUCUCGGGAUUCCGCUGCAAUGUCGGCGUCGUUGAACCGCGUUGCUACCCCUUCGUCGGACUGCAACAAGGAGAACAGAGCCCCCGCUUCUGCUUCUUCCGUCAUUGUCCCGGUUACUCCUCUGAGCCGCCUUAGCAUUGACGAUCCCACUCGGCCUCGAUCAUCUACGUCAAUCAACCGUGAUCCCUACACUGCCACCGGUGAGAAGCGUAUCCAUCAAGUCUUCAUGGACCAGGCCUUGGACAUGGCCCGCCUGGCUCUGAGAACCAACGAAACGCCCGUUGGCUGUGUUCUCGUCUACAAGGGAGCCGUCAUUGCAAGAGGCAUGAACGCCACCAACGUCACUCGCAAUGGCACCAGGCACGCCGAGUUCAUGGCACUGUCUUCUCUGCUGUCGUACGGACCCGCUGACGGCGCGGCGGACGCCGGCGGCAAGCUACAAAAGCAGGCCGACGAGCGCUCCAGGUCUGACAUCCAGGAUGACGAGUCGGAGUUGUUCCCCAUGGACGAUGACUAUGUCAGAAAUGGCCAUCUCUACCCGUACGGUCAGAAGCUUCACCGCUCCCCCAGGGUUGACCGUUCCAUCGUUCAUGACUGCAUCCUCUACGUCACCGUCGAACCCUGCGUCAUGUGUGCAGGCCUUUUGCGACAGCUUGGCAUCAAAAAGGUCUAUUUCGGUGCCGUCAACGACAAGUUUGGCGGUACUGGUGGCGUCUUCAGCAUUCACAAGAACUCGACUGAUGCUCAUCAUGCCUCGAUAUCUAAGCCCCUCCAGACUUCCACUGACGCAAGCAACCUGGCUCGGCCGAGCAGCUCGUCCUCAAACAAGGGUUCGUUCGCGGGAAGUCAGCUAACCUCCCAAGGCGGAGAUGGAGGCAACGUGGAGCGCGGUUUUGAGGCGGAGGGCGGAUGGGGCCGUGACGAAGCUGUCAGCUUGCUUCGGCGUUUCUACGUUCAAGAGAACGGACGCGCCCCCGUGCCGCGCAAGAAGGAAGGUCGAGCUGCACGACUGGCAGCUAUGGAAGCUGGAGAAACUGGGACCGACGUUACUACUGGCGGAGCACCCCAGUCUUCAGACAUUGAUGGCGCGAAUGACGACUCUGCUGGUGCAAGCACUACGAACGCCGAUUCAACCAACAAUGCGGCCAUCGAGGUGAACGUCAGCGAGGUUUCAAAGGCUUGA